UGAGUAAUACAGACCUAGCAAGUGCCGGCAUUGUGCGUGCCUCUAUCUCUGUGCUCUAGACUGUUUCCGGAACGAUACAAAGUACCGUACGGUUUUGGAUAUCGCUUUCCAGAUUCUUCCAGUCUUUCCCUAAAUUCUCCGUGUCGGAAGCGUCCUGCAAUGUCGGACCCUCGCCUGCGCCAGUUGACCAUCAAAACAGGUGUAGUGAAGCGGCUGUCGAAGGAAAAGGUGGUGUACGAGAAGGAAGUCAUCACGGAGCAAAACCGUAUCGAAAAGCUGAAAGCGGCCGGCUCGGACGACCAUGUCCUCCGGAAGCAGGAAGAAGUGCUGCAGGAAUCGAUGAUGAUGAUACCCGACUGCCAGCGACGGUUGGCCAAAGCACAUGAGGAGCUGGCGGAAAUGCUGAAGAACGAGGAAGAGCUCAAGGAAACGGAACAGUAUCAAAAUGCGCUGGCAGUGCUGGAGGAUGCGAAAGUGAAUUUGCCCCAAAAGAUAACCGCUUAGAAUCGUGGGGAUUUUUCUUUCUUAUUCGAACAAACUAUAAUUUUAAGUUACACAAGAUACGUUAUGAUAACUGAGCUACUGUAUUAACUGGAUUGAGCUUCAAGAGCGUGCCGUAGAUUCUUUUUCCUAGAAGGAACAUGUUUCCCCAACAUUCAGGCU